UAGCAAUGUCGAGAUGUCGAGAUCAGUGUCCACAGGUCAAGUCAUGUCCAGUUCAGUGUUAACAAGUCAGUCAGACCUAGCACCGGACAACAUCCAGGAUCUCCCCUCCAUUACCUUAAACCGAAAACAGGCGGUCAAAAGAAGGAGAUGGAGCGCAGCCAACUCGAUAACAGAGACUUCUCUCCAAAAGAUACACGAUGAGUCUGAGCGAAGAUUAUCCAACUUAACGAAUGAUAAUUUCGAGAAAUUACGAAGGGCGACUGUACGCCUUAACAAAAAAGAAGAAGAUAAUCUUAAUGGCUUGGUAUUGGAAAAACUUAGACAGAAUUCUUUCUCUGUCAAGAAGGUGGAUGUUGUAUCUGCCACCCGAAGUAUCGCAACUCGGUUUCAAUCCGUGUGUGAGCCUGACUUACUUAUUGCUGGUCUAAACGCUAUCAUCAACAGGCUCGGGAGAAGUAGCAACCACUUUGAAACCAGAGAUUUGAUAGAGUAUGUGAGACUGGUCUUCAAGAAAUCCCAGUUUGAAACAGACAAAUUGAUACACGUGUUGAGAGAACGAAACGAGUCAGCUCACUCACUGCAGAUUUUACUUGAACGAGCAAAUCUCAAAAGGGCUCCUAAGAGUUCAGCGUUUUGCUCGAUGACACUGAAAAAGCAAUACGAGCCAGUUCACUUCUUUCUUUGUAACGAGAGCAACACAGUGUUGUCGACCCUGUGCGGUUCUCAAAGUCCACUGUGGGACGUCACUCUGUCCCUACCCUUGGAAACGACUAAAGGAUACUCCUUAAUCUUAGCGGUAUGGGAAACCAAGACACAGGCCACCAUGGAAGUUGUUAACGAGGGGAAGAAGUGCAUGGGACGUGUCGAGAUCGACCUUAACUCUCAGAUAGCUACGGGUGAACACCAAUGGUGGGAACUGAGUAGCGCCAGGAAACCUAACCGCAAGAAGAUGAAAGGCAAGGUUAAUAUGGGGCUGCGGUACAACGCUGAUAUUGGUCGUCAUAGCAACGCUGUAAUGGUUUAUGCUGGUAUGUUAUCAAAGUUCCUGUCGGUGGACUACCCAAAGUCAGGAAGCUUGUCCAGCACGGCAGGCUGCGUGUUAGAUCUACAGAGAACCCAACAAAAGUUAUCUGAAGAGGAAUACCAGUUCGCUGAUUGGCUGGUACAAAGUGAGCUCUACAUCAAGACAAACAACCAUUUCGAGAAACUUUAUAAGAAACUACACCUUCUACUGGAGUGUGUGGAUACUCCUCAGUGUUCACUCUCAGAACAAGAUCUUACUCUUCUCUGGAAAACUUUCACAGAUGUACAGACGAAGUAUAUCGAGAAGAUGCAGAAUCUGAACGCCGAGUACCCCUACGAUUUGGAGUCAGCUGUUCUGAACGUUAAAUUUUUUACAAAAUGUUACCUGGCUAUCUCACAGUGUGACAUGUACUCAGUGAUACACAUGCCUGUUAUCAAACAGGCUAAUUUGGAGCUGGAGGAAGCAUUUAAAAAGAAUUCAACCCUUUGGAUUGAAUCUAUUACAUCACCCUUCAAAUGCGAUACUAAUGGAAAUUACCGGGAGAUGGUCACGAAAUUAAAAGAUAUGACUAACGCUGCCCGGUUAGAGCUUAGGAAUGAGUCAAAAACAUACGGACCAGCUUUGGAAGGAACACCAUACUCAUCUGUUCUUCUUUAUCAGAUAAACGAGAAGAUCAGUAACGUCACUAUUAACGUGUUGGCCAAAGUGAUAGGCUUCUUAAGAGCAGCCCGACCGGAGUCUGAAACAGAGGUGCAGGAGGAGGAUCUCCUGAACGACUGUCUGGGUCUUUACGUGGCUGUUGCAGAUCUCAAAAAGCUGUGUAAAGACAUGGACCCAGACUCCAAUCAUGCACUGGACAACUUCCACAGCUGGUUCUACAGUGUUGUAGAUACCUGGUUACACAUGGUUCAGGUGAAGCAUCAUACUAGGGUCACUAAGUGUGUGGACUUUGACCCGCUGGACAGACUCGACAUGCAUGUUCCGUACUCUUCGUGUGUAGUUGACGUGGCCACGAUGAACAACUACCUCUGUGAGAUAAAGGACAUAUUCGACUUCCCUGACGACCAAAGCCGAUACGCCGUUAUAUCAAAACUCAGCAAGCAAGUUUUUGAAAGUGCACUGCAACUAUCUGAAUUGCUGGUAGAAAAAGGAAAAGCUAUGAUAGAUAGAGGGCUAAAGAAAUCCAGCAACGAUAAACUAGAACAAGAUGAGAUACUGAAGAAGUCUCUGGCAGUGACAUGUUCUCUGAGGGAAAACAGAAACUUUAUCGGAACUUUGCCUGAAGUGCUGGGCUGGGACUCCUUCUCUAGCACCACUGUUCACCACCAGAAACUGAGCUCCAAGCUUGAUGAGGCGGACAAAGUCAUUUUACGUUUCAAAAUUCAGUGGAUGAAGAUAGUUUGUGAAAGUUUGAUCGAACCCAAAUUCGUGGAGGCAUUCGAGAAGUUCAUCAAACAAGCUUACCGUCGGGACAGUACAGCCUCGGAUACGCUGGUAAACAUGUUACUGGAGGAGCUCACCAAGAUACACUCUAACGUUGAACCCAGCUUGUUUGAGGACAUGCUCACUAUAAUCUGGGAACGGAUUAUCCUUCCUCAGUUUGAGAGGCAUGUGGCAAAGAGGCCCACCAAGAUUAAGAACUACUACGAUAUUCUUCAGGACAGUUUCAAGGAGGUUUCCGAGUUUUUUGUAUCAGAAAUGAGUACGUUGGAUCACGUGAUUACCCAGAGCCUACGGUACAACAAACUCAUCUACAUACUUCAAAACCUCACCAUCUCACUCGACGACCUCUUGUUCAGGUAUUUCUUGGAAGAGAGUAUACAGGAAUCUAAACAACAUUCCGAGCUUGGCUUCAUUACAUUCACUGCAUUUCUAACAAAACAAAAGGAUAAAACUAUUGUCAAGGUGACGGUAGUAAGAUGCUCAGGACUACCAAUAAUGGACACGCUGGGGAAGUGUGACACCGUCGUCAAGGUUACCAUUCAACCCAGACAAACCUCACAUUUCUCUCACCUCAAGAUUCAGUCCACUAAGCCUGUCUUCAACGACCUAGACCCGGUCUUCAACCAAGAGUUCGAGUUUUCAUUUUUCACGGAUGUGAACGAGCUGGAGGAGGGAGCUUGUAUCCAGUUUACCAUCUGGGAUAAAGACAGGUUAUCUGCUGACGACUUUAUUGGCGAGACACUCUGUGAUCUUAAUUCUGUUCCAUUCAACAAGCCCGAAGAGUUUAAGACACAUAUAGCCCUUCCAGAUCUAAAAAGUUUAAGCUAUGAUGUGAUCGAACACCGAUGUCCGUAUGAGAAGACUGCUGAGAAGUUCAUUAAGGAGCGGUCCCUUCUGAUCAACGAGGCAGGAGAGGAGUUUAUUUCGAAACGAGCAUCUGCUCUGACGAUAUUCCAAGAUCUCAAAGAACGGAUUCGAACUUACUCGCUGACGGAUUGACCAUAAUAAGUGAAACAGGUAGAUGAAGUUCACAGCACGCUACCUAGUCUUAUAUCAGCACAGAAAGAGAAGAUCUGAAGAAGAAUCAGAAAUAAUGCUAGUUUUUAGCAGUGUUCAGAAUCAGAAAGUAAAUGAACAGACAGGCCAACAUAUUUCUGUGAGAUUUUCCAGAUCGAAAUAAUAAUAAAAGAAGAUAACGAAAAACAGAUUUUGUUGAUGUCUUGUUUAAUAGAUUAUUAUUUAUAGUUAUGAAUCACUUGGUCUCCUAUUUUCGGACACCCUGGCCCUAGGCCUAUGAUAAUGAUAGAAGUAGCGAAUAUAUGCUUUCUUUAGUGGAAAUUUAUAAAUUUUGAUGCAGAUUAAGUGUUAAGGUAAGAGCAGAUGUAUAAUUCCAGAUGUAUAAUUCCGGCUAUUGAGAUAGCUUGGGAUGAAUAAUUGAUUUUACUUUAAACCUCA